AUGGUUUGGAUGAUAUACCAUAAUAACAAGUAUAAGCCAUCGUUUAUCUGUCAAUCGUUUCAGACAACAUCCAGUAGUGUCCGACUAUUGUCUCCAAAAACAAACAAUCGGUAUCAUUGUCUUAGAUCGGCGGCCAACCAUAAAACCGCCGCCGAUAUUGGCUUCGAUAUGAUUGACAUGAAAACCCAAUGCAUCCGAUCGAUAGGUUGGGUUAUAAGAUACCGAAUUAAUAAUAAAAUUAAUAUUAUGAGCGGUCGAGGAACGGGUGUUUUUGUCGACCAUCGUCUACUAUUGACCUGUUAUCAUGUGGUCAAACAAAAUCCGUUUGUUUUCGUUCAAUAUGUUCAAAGCUAUGAUAAUCAGUGGUCGGAUGAUUCAGAUUCAGAUCCAAAAUCAAAAUCACAACAAAUAUUAAAGGUAUGUCCAAAUAGUGUAGCCGAAGUACUGUAUGUCGAACCGUACAAUGAUCUGGCAUUAGUACGGCUCAGGGAUCCUGAAUGGCCUGAAUAUAAUACGUCGACAAUAAUGCCGGUGUCUACCAGUCCUGAUAGUAUCGAUUUUGGUGCACCAGUAGCUAUGCUAGGUCAUGGCGGUGGCCUACGGUUUACAUUGCAACCGGGUAUGGUUACCACACCCCGUGUUGAUAGCUAUUUGAUACCUAUUAACUAUUAUAUAAGUUUGGUAACCAUCAAUGAAAAACUGCCGAUCGUAGCCCACAGUACUAUCGUAUUGCCCGGCAAUUCGGGCGGUCCGGUCAUCGAUAGCAAUGGCAAACUAUGCGGUAUUUGUUGGGGCGGUAUUACAAGUCGUGGACAGAUAUCGUUUGCAAACGGCUCGCAACCAUUGAUAGAGUUUAUAGAUAAAGCUUUGGCCUAUGAAAGUAAUGGUAUAAAGCAAAACCGUCUCAGAAAACGGUAUGAAUGGGACAGUCGGGCCAUUACACAAAUAUUGGGUAUAAUCGUUGAUACAAAACCAUUGUCGGAUAGUUUUACAGUCACAGCGGCACUACCGACGGCCACAACUGAUGCAAAUGGUAUUAUCGGUAGACGUAUUAGUUUACUUAACGGACAGGUAUGCAAUAGUAUCGAUAAUAUCCGAUUGGCUAUCGAUAAUAGACUGCAAGUCAGAGUAACCACUAGAUUGUCGACCAGUGAUGAUGACGACAACAGUACCGAAACACAUAGUAAGGACAUCAUUAAACUCGUUGACAUCAAUACGAUAACAACCAUCGAUAACGAGAGCAAUAGUAUUAUACCAUUAGUUUUUUGA